UUACACUGUGUGACCCGGAAGUACAACAUGACCGGCGACCUUAAACAUCAACUCCCGGGGCAGGAGCUAUCAGGAAGCCCGCCGCACGUAGUCGCGAAGCCGCCCGGUUCAAGGUAUUAAACUCCGAGUCAGGGUCCUGUCAAGUCAAGACAACGAUGGACAGGCCUCCCCGGGCUCCCCUCCCCACCCUCGUAGACAUAGAGAAGUCUGCGCGCGAGAAGUUGUCGGAGUUUGCCUGGGGGUACUACAGUCAUCCUGAGGACGGACAAACGUACCGGGAUAAUAUUGAGGCCUUCAAGCGAUACCGCCUCAUCCCACGGAACCUCCGUGACGUGUCCAUCCGGGACACCUCUGUAACGGUACUAGGGACCCGGAUGGAUAUCCCAGUAGCCAUUGCACCAACUGCCGUGCACCGAUUGGCUCAUCCUGACGCGGAAUUGGCAACCGCCAAAGGCGCGGCCGCCAUGAACACAGGGAUGGUGCUGGGUUCCUGGGCUAACCACUCCCUAGAGGAGGUGGCUGAAGCGACCCCUCCCGGGAUCCGCUGGUUUUACAUGCUGUUCUACAAAGACCGUGGUCGCAUGAAGCGCCUGCUGUCUCGGGCAGAACGCGCGGGAUACACCGCCAUAUUCCUCACAGUGGACCAGCCUUUGCUCCCGUUUCAAAUUGAUCUAAGGCCUGUGACUUUUCCUGUCCCUAUUAGGCUUCCUAACGUUUUAGACGAAGAACCGCCCCAUGCUCCAGGUAGUGCGGAGCACCAGGAGAGUAUGAGAGCUGCAUUGAAGCAACCGGCGACGUGGGACGACGUGCAGUGGAUCAGAGACAACACCUGCCUGCCUGUUGUCCUGAAGGGCAUUCUGUCAGUCGAGGACGCCAAGAUGGCCGUGGCGUGCGGAGCGAACGGGAUCUGUGUGUCUAACCAUGGCGGGAGGGAACUGGACGGCGUGCCGGCAACUAUUGACGUCCUACCGGACAUCGUCCGUGCGGUUGGCGGUAAGGCGGAGGUUUACCUGGACGGAGGUGUCCGGACUGGGACGGACGUGCUGAAGGCCUUGGCGCUGGGAGCCAGGUGUGUGUUCAUCGGCAGGCCCGCACUCUGGGGGCUGGCACACAACGGUGCAGAAGGAGUCCAACAGGUUCUACAGAUUCUGAGAGAUGAACUCAGUGUGGCCAUGGCCAGGGCAGGCUGUGCCAAGAUAUCCGACAUCCAGCCAUCUCUUGUUGUGCACCAGUCGUAUUACGGCAUACCAACCCGCAGGGCAGUACCGAUGUCUAAAUACUGAGCCACAAGACCAAAUCACACACGAACGAUAACGAUUGUAUUGCAAAGCGGAUCAGAAUCGCUGGAGGACUCUUCAUACCCUCACCCGCAGGACCAAGACUAAAGCCCCUGUCACACAUUGACGAAUUUUGCCUCCCGAACUCUUGCCGAACGUUCCCCAACCAUGGUUAGGAGAAGAUCGGUUCAAAGUCGGCCUGUGUUCAGCGACUUCGGCUACUAU